AUGGCGGACGAGCAACCGACAGCAGCUGGCCGGCGCCGGGGCCGAGGAGCCGAAGCGACGGCCCGAGUUCAGGCCUUGGAACGGCUCAAGGCGCUCCGGCGUGGCGGACGCAGAUCUGGAGAAUCAGGAGGAUACGACAUCAAACUAGAGACCCCGAUAUACGACACCGUGGAAGACGACGAGUAUGAUGCGCUGGUGGCGCGUCGCAAGGAGGAGGCGCGAGGUUUUAUUGUAGACGAUGACGGCCUCGGCUACGGCGACGAAGGCCAAGAAGAAGACUGGUCCACCGCCGGAAUCCCUUCUUCGUCGGAUGACGAAUCAUUGGACGGCCACAAAUCGUUUAAGAGGAAGAGAGUUGAAAAAAAAGAAAAGAAAGAAAAUAAUCAACAUGUAAAGAAGUCGAACCCUUCGCUGACGGCCGCAGCGGCAAUGAUGGGGAAACAGAGAUUAUCAGCGAUGUUAACGUCAACGGCGAUGUUUAGAAAAUCCAAGGAUGAUAAAGUAAAGGAAAGUGAGAGUGUUGUUGAUGAAGUUUUAGCGGAAUUCGCGCCAGAUGAUGCGGAUCGAGAGAGGCGUAGAAGGUCGCAGCCAGUUUCAGUUUUAAGUAAUAAUAAGAGUUUUCUUUCGGUUAAUUCUGUUCAAAGUGAGCAUCAAUUUGUCACUAAUUCGUUAAAUUCAGUACCGAAGGAAAAUUGUGAUUUGGUGAUGGAUUCGGUAGUAAAUCAAAAUGCUUAUGCGGUAGUUUGUGAUGUGAAUGAGGAAAAGUGUUUAAUCGAUGAAUUGAAAGAUUCGAUACCAGUGUCUGGUGUGAGUACGGAACUGAUUAAGAAGGAUGUGAUUGAAUUGAAAGAGGAAGUGAAGGAGGAGACUCGUAAACUGAAUGCAAAGAUUAGUAACGAGGAGAAGGAUCCAGCAUUGAGUGCUAGUGCUGGGUGGAAGGCCGUUAUUAGUGGUAAUGGGGCAGCUGAUGAUAUGAAAAAUGGCUCAAACAGUGAAGAGCUGUCAGAAUUUGAGGUGGAUGCAGAUGGAUCGUUGCCGUUUUACAUUGUUGAUGCCCAUGAGCAGUUUUCUGGUGCCAAUAUGGGAACUGUCUAUCUCUUUGGGAAGGUCAAAGCAGGAAACACAUAUCAUAGUUGCUGUGUGGUUGUUAAGAACAUGCAGAGGUGUGUGUAUGCAAUCCCAAAUGGUUCUCUAUUUCAAACUGAUGAGAUUAUGAAGCUUGAGAAAGAUGCUGAAGAGUCUCGCAUUGCUCCAGCAGUUUUCCGGACAAAGCUUCAGGUGGAGAAUCAGUUGGAGAGGAUCUUGAUCGGACAGUUUAGUGAUAUUGAGAGAUUCCUGAGGCUCAUCUGA